CCGCCCUUUCUGCAUUUUUCCACUAUUCAAUUUGCUUGAUCAAAUCACCCGUCCUAUUUCAUUCCGACUGUCCCUCCUCUCGCUUUGCACCCCUUCUACGGGUGCGCACCCCCCACACGAUGUUCCCACGAAACCCCCCCACCCAUGCUCCGGCUUCAUCCACUGAGAGAACAUCUCUUCUGUCCAAUUCUUCAGAAACUCCCCCCGUUAACUAUGCCGAAGACCCAUCACGGCCUUCUAACGCCGUUGCCACUGAGCACUCUGGAACGCCAAGACUAAUUAGGCUCGACCUAAUAGUUCUAGUAUUUCUUUGCGUUAGCGCAAUCAGCGUUCUGUUGCUGGGAUUUUUUGCUCCUGCAGCGGCUGCUCAGUAUGCCAAAGAAGCCGUUGUCCUGGAUAUCACUCAUCUAUCCGUCGACUCCUUUACCGAUAAUGGAGUGAAGGUUCGCGUGCAAGCGUCCGUUCAGAUGGAUGCUAGUCGUGUCAAAGGCCAAGCUGUACGGAGCUUAGGCCGCACAGGGACUUGGAUUGUCAACCAGAUAUCGAUAGACGCGACCAACGUUGAGGUUUAUUUACCUGACUAUGAUGGCGGUCUCCUCGUCACCGCAAGUACCCCACCAAUUGUACUCCCCGUUAGGAAUGGCCAAACUACAAAGUUGGACUUCGUGUCCGAUGUCAAACUCGGAUCCCGGGACACUGUUCGUAGCCUAGCCAACGAUUAUCUUGUUGGGGGGUUGGGGAAGAUCAGGGUGCUCGGUGUGGCAGAUUUAGGGUUGAAGUCCGGCCUGCUUCACUUGCGGACCAUGAAAAUAUCCGAAGAGAUGGCCUUUGAAGGUUCCAGAUACAAACUGACAUAUGGUCAAUCAGAAUUGCCCUCUCUGCCUGAGUUCCAGGUUAACCGGAUGGAUGUUGGGGAAAUAACUCUUCCAGGACACAAAGCGCUCAGUGUCAACGUCUCUACCGUUCUGCAAAAUCCAUAUCCACUCGAAUUCGAUGUACCACCCCUAUCUUUUGUCAUUCUUUUGUCUGGGUGCAAGGCAGAUGAUUUAGUAAAUUUAGCCACUGCUGAGACUUCACACCUCUCAGUUGAGUCUAAAACCGACGUCGGUGUGGAUGUGCUUGGAAUCGUUCGGAAUAUUCCUGAGGAACUCGUAACAGUGUGCCCAGGUUCCCACACAUCUCCGAUCGACAUAUUCUUAGGCACCUAUCUACACGGAAAAGACACUACUGUAUACAUUCAAGGAUCGCAAUCUCCAACCUCUAAUGCGCCUAGCUGGCUGCUAGAAUUUCUUCAAACCAUCACUCUCCCAGCCCCCUUUCCCGGGCACAGUUUCGAUAGCGUCGUGAAAUCAUUCAGCUUGUCCGGUGUUAAAUUUCAGCUUCCCUCUCCGAAUGCCCCUAAAGGGACUCCAGAGGCAUCACUACGACUGAGUGCUGAUGUACUUGCCACAGUUCGCCUGCCUCAAAAAAUGACCUUUCCAUUAGAUGUCAGUCGCUUAAAGGCAACGGCAGACGCAACUUAUGAAGGCCACAGAUUCGGAACUCUGCAUUUUCCAAAGUGGAUCCCGGCGAGUUCAGCAACCUCAAAUGAUUCCAAGUACCUUUACGUUCAGGCCGAGGUUCGCGACUCAUUAGUGGACAUCGAGGAUUACCAUAUUUUUGAUAAAAUCGUUCGGAAGCUUCUAUCGGGUGACGGAAAAUCGAUAUUUCUCGGCAUUAAUGGAUCAACAGAUGUAGGAAUUGGAACCAUCAUUGGGCAAUUUGUUGUUAGGAAUAUCCCUGCCUCGGGAGAGAUAAAAAUUGAUGGACUUCCGACCACUCAGAUGCCGUUACCAAAAGUCAACGAAGUACUCAUUGUCGAUACAACAACGCAGUCCGCCACGCUUGGAAUCGGUCUAAGUCUCGAAAAUCCAACUCCUUGGGAGAUCAUUGUUCCUCACAUGAGCGUUCACAUCAUGUACGAUGGCUUUGUAUUAGGAAAUGCGAGUAUAGUCAAUGGACAUUUGAUGGCAGGAAUAAACUCCCUCUCUAUCGGAGCAACGUGGGAUCCACAAGCUCACGGGGGCCACAUGGCUGAGGAGGCGGGUAAACGUCUCGCUGGCAAAUACGUAUCUGGCUAUAACACCACAAUCACUUUACACCCACAUACCAACAGCAUACCCUCCAUGCCAUUACUAUCCAAACUUCUCUCAAACUUCAACGUGACCAUGCCGACCCCACGUCUCCCAGUGCCUAGAAACGGCGGGGCAUCCGAUUCCCCUCCAACCUUUAUUGACUCCGCGAAUAUUCAUUUGAUAUCUUCCACAGCCGAUUUCCUCGUCAACAAUCCGCUCCGCAAAGACGAGGUUACGGUAGAAGCAAUCAAUGGUACGGCAAAAUAUCGGUGUAACGAAUUAGGGGAAAUUGAGUCCUCGAAACCGUUCGCUAUCAAGCCGGCAGUGGAAGGAAGAACAAUCACACCUAGGAUUCCUGUGCGCUGGAAGAUUGGGGGUGUGGGGUAUGAAGCAAUGAGGAAAGCGUUGGGCGGGAGACUGGCUGUUCACGCUGAGGCAUUAUGCUUGGUCCGCGUUGGCAAGCUGCAGAUGGAGAUAUUUUACAAUUCGACUAAUCCCAUAGGAGCAAACAUUCAUUUGAGAUGA